AUGAGAUCAGAAUCCGAAAUCAAAGAUCUACUUGGGCAUAUUGCCAGACCCGUUGAGAAACAAGAUAAUGCUGAAUCUGCAGAGAGCUUUACGGGGAAUAUGGCCAACAUGGCAAUUGCAACUGCUUUGGCGCCUGUAACUCCAUUUGAAAAGAACAGAAUGCCCCAGCAAGAAGAAUUUUUCAACAAGUACGCAGAAAAAGCACCAACUUUGGAGGAGGCAUGUCGACAACUCGACAUUGAGAGCAUUGAGGAGCUGUGGAUUGGGGAACUUGGCCCAGAUACAACAUUAAAGUUUUGGCAGCCGUCUGGUAUGUCUUGGAUGGUAAAUAAAUCAGCCGAAAUAGGAGAAUGUAUCCUUGGAGAUGAUAUGGGUCUUGGAAAGACUUUGCAGGCAUUGGGCCUCAUAUGUCACAUGAACAAUAAGAGGAAGAAGGGUAAUGGUGAUAUUGGACAACCAAAGCCUAGCUUGGUAGUUGGUCCAAUUGCAGUUUUGAAUGUUUGGAAAAGAGUUGUAGAAAACUUUCUAUACGAAAAAUAUCAAGUGCACUUAUACUGUGCGGGAGGGAAAACUCCCAUCUUGAGCAAGGAAAGCCUCAAGAGCUUGAAACUCCCCCAGUAUCAUAUUUUUGUCGCCAACUUCGAGUGGUUAAGAGCGAAGCACAAAGGCCAAAACAAACCCGAUCUACGAGCAGUGUUCGAUACUGUUAUCAUUGAUAAGGCCCAUACCAUGAAGGACGAGAACACAGGAAAAUAUGAAGUCCUUCGCAACUUCCUAUUGUUGACCGGCCCACCCGUAAUGAAUCAGGAUGUGGAUAUUGCGGCCAUGCUAUCGCUCUUCCGGCCAGAUAACUUGUGA